AUGUCGAAGAAGAAGAGAUUAAAGACAGAUCGAGUGAAGAAAGAAGAGCCCGGAUCGCUUCGACAAGAUCGCGGCAUGAAAGCGAUCGUGAAACCGAUCAAGCCCGUGGAAGAUGCUCUGGAUAUGAAGAUAGAAGGCUGGCAGUUGGAUCAACUAGCGCAGGGAUUCCAGUGGAAGGCGCUCAAGAAUCUGCUGUUGAGCGACCCCGUGCUACGGAUACUGAAUCCUAAGCUAAUGGGAGAGAUACAAGGCCUGAUUUCCCGGUCGAAGGUGGCGGCUAACGCAGUAGAAGGGAUCAGCGCGAUCAUUCAGCUGCAACGAGAUGCUGGUGCGAAUCCGCGAAUCAAGCAGUUGCCACGAUUGCCGAUGUCCCGAGGGGGUAUCAUACCGGAUCGUCACAAAUAUGCCUCGGCGGAAUCAGAGAUGGAGUCAGACGAUUCCGUCGGCAUCCAGCGAAUGUCUCUAGGACCAAGUGGUGGAACACAUUUACGCGAUCGAGUUGAGUCGGUGAAGCUGAACUCGCUAUCGAAGGCCACAGGCGCAAAAGAGCAGAUGACGACUACUACGCAAGGACUCCUGCAGACAUACCUCGAUGAGGCCAUGGAACUUUUUCACCAAGAUCAACAGUAA